ACACAGCUUCUGUGUGGGCAUUGGCACUGUCACAGCUAAGGAUACGUCUAGCCAGCCCAUAACCCAUAGGUCUAAUAUUGGAAACAUCAUUACAAACGCACAGCCCUACCUUGAGCUGUAAAUAGACAAACAGAGUAAAAUUGGGAUAUGGAAAAGCUGCUUUGGAACAUGAGUUGUCUGUGGGAAUUUUUAAAUGAUGAUUCAUUGGGUGUUGUGUUAUUAAUUCAUGAGGAGGUAUAACUUUGUUAUAACAUCAAAUCAAAUUGGUUGAAGUCAUUUCAUAUGACUUGAUUGUCAAACAAGGUAGAACAAUUGAAGUAAGAGUACAAAUUAUUUAGAAUAGCCCUUUAUGUCAUUAGUGAUCAGGCCUAAUCACUGUCUAUUUACUGAAAGUUGUGCAAAAAAAUCUGAAGUUCAGGAAGUUGUCAGCUGUUUAAAGGUCAUGACAGCCGCACAGCUGCUGUGUUCAGAUGAGAGAGAAGGAACGCUGCAAGUGGCGUCUAUUACGCAUGUGGACACCGUGUACGGAGAUAAAAUAGGUCCGUGUGGACGAAGAGGAUUUCAUCACAAGUGACCAGGGAUCUUGACAGUCACACAGCAGAGAGUAACCAUGCCGAGGUCAUUUUUGGUGAAGAGUAAACGAGCACAUAGCUACCACCAACCACGAUACCUGGAUGAUGACUACAUUAGAAUGGAUACUAUUUUAGCCCAUAUAUGCGCAGAAAGCAAAUUGCAGGUUGAGUUUGAGGGGAACUGUGACGCGCAGGUUGCACCUAACCUCUCCCCCGAAUCCCGUCUGGUGCACACGGCUGACCACUCGCCCAUCUACCCGCUGAGCUGCGAGGGCAGCGUGUGCGACCGCUUCUCGGACUAUGACGACUACUGGCGCCCUCCAUCUCCAUCUGCAUCACCAGAUUCGGAACAAUGCUUCACUCCGUCAGCAGACGACGCUCACCCUUUCGCCAUUCCAUUUCGCCCUUACCCAUGGAUUGCCUACUCUGGCUCCGAGCUCCGGCACCUUGUGCAGCGAACAUAUCAACACAAUCUCCCCACAACCCUGGAGCCCGAUAUACAGAUGGGCCUCUAUGGAUCCGAGGAUGGUGCCACCAACUCCCUCAUUUACGCACAGAGGGGCCCACACACUGGAUUUUAUAGGGACUUUGGGUCGACGGUGUUCCCUACCUAUAGAAUGCGGGACGCCGACCAGUUAUAUUCGGACCUCAAGCUGAAGACCAAGGCCUCUGAAAUCAAGUCUGAAUCCGAUCUCAUCUGUUCCCGUAUAGAACCAAGUGGAUCGUACAAAUGCAUCAAGUGUUGCAAGGUAUUCUCGACGCCGCACGGGUUAGAGGUUCACGUUCGUCGGUCGCAUAGCGGUACUCGCCCCUUUGCCUGUGGAUUGUGUGGGAAAACGUUUGGGCAUGCAGUGAGCCUCGAACAACACAAGGGCGUUCACUCACAGGAGAGGAGCUUCAACUGUAAAAUAUGUGACAAAAGCUUCAAGCGCUCGUCCACGCUGUCCACGCACUUGCUUAUCCACUCGGACACGCGGCCCUACCCUUGUCAGUACUGCGGGAAGAGAUUCCAUCAGAAGUCCGACAUGAAGAAACACACCUUUAUCCAUACAGGUGAGAAGCCGCACAAGUGCCAGGUAUGCGGGAAGGCCUUCAGUCAGAGCUCCAACCUCAUCACGCACAGCCGCAAGCACACAGGCUUCAAACCUUUCGGCUGCGGCCUCUGCGGCAAAGGAUUCCAAAGGAAAGUGGAUAUGAGGAGGCACAAGGAAACACAACAUGGAUUGAAAUGAAAAACUGUCAACACCGAAAAACUGUGCUGGAGAAUUGUAUUAUUUUAAUACAUGUAGCGUAAAUAUGUCCCUUUCAAAAUACGUUUAUGUUAUUCUAUCAUUGCUUGGCUAUAUGCCUAAUUGUUUUCAUUCUUGAAUUCUUGUUUUGAAAAUUAAACAUGUAUUUAUUAAAUAGGCCUAUAGAUUUUCAUUAGCUACAGGCCAAAUUCUGAAUAUCAUUUCACACAACACAAAAAUACAGGAUUUAAAAGUUUUGGUUGUGAUCCACAAGGAUUGUAUUUGCGCAUAAUUCGUUUUAGCCUAGCCUGUUUGUUUUCUUCUCGAGAAGAAACCGGCUGGUUAAAUGCUAUAGCUUAGUAGGCUAUUUAUCGGAACAUUUUAAUAUUAAUGCCUGUUUAAUUAAUUAACGCCUUUAAUUAUCCAACACAGUCGCUUUAUAAUCUGCUGUGUAUACCGAAUCCAUGAGUUUAUGAAUUGAUGCUCUUUUGUCUGAAUAUACAUUUGAAAUGUUCCCUUGUCUUUUGUAGAAAAAAAAACAAUGAUAGGCUUAUAAGUGAAGACAUCUAAACCUAACAUGUUCAUAUAUAUAUAUAUGGAUGAAGGCCUAUAUAUAUAUAAUAGGCCUUCAUCCAACAUUGUUGUCAGUGAAUUGAAUUGUUGUCAGUGAAGUGAGUGAAUUGAUACACUAGGUUGAAUUCUGAAUGGGAAGAGUAAUCGGGCAAACUUCAGUCUCCUGUAACCUUUUCAGACAUCUCUCCAACAUAUUACAUGAUACAUUUCUGAAAUCCUCAAAAUGUUUCAUAAUCACGCACAAACACACAUUUUUAUCACAGAAGGCGGCACACCCAUUUGUGUACACUGAGUCAAAACCCUAUUUUCAGUUCUCACUUGGUAGACAGCAGGUUAGAUAAACUGGGACACCAUUAUUACAGUCCCAAUUGUACCCCAAAAACAAUUCAAUGUUGUGUGAUUAGGAAACAUCUGAGAAUUUCAGAAAUGUAUCAUGUGUUGUAUAUGUUGGAUAGAUAAAGUGUCACAUUUUUUCUGAAUUCCUUCAAAUAACAGUACUAAUAACAAUUCUACAAGAAACUGUACUACAAGAACCAGAACCUUGCCUAACCUAAGUACAGGUGUUCCCUAAUGUAAACCGGAUCUUUCCUCCAUUGGAAAAGCCUAGAAGACUAUCCUACUUUAGCUAGCUAUGUUUAGUAAAGCGGGACAACAAAAAAGUGCUGAAUUACAAAAUGUAAACAUAAUAUUGGCAACAUAAAAAAAAAAUGUAUUUGAUGCACCAGUAGUAUGCACAUUUACAUCACAACUUGGCACUGUUCAUUAUGAGUUGUAUGACCAACAGAAAAAAAAGCUAUAUGUCACUGUGCAUUGUAAGGUGAACUUCCUGUUUGAAGUUUGCUCUUGGUGCUUUCAAGACAACUGGGAACUCAGAGAAAAAACGAGGUCUAAUCACGACGUCCAGAUCGGAUAUCUAGAAAGAGGUUAGAGUUGCUGACUUGGAAUUCCGAGUUGAAUCACUGUUCAAAACGAUUUUCCCAACUCAGAGCAAGUUUCUUUCGGGAGUUCCCAGUUGAUGUGAACUCACUGACGUCGGAGAUUUCGGUCUAGUACCCAGUUGUUUUGAACGUGGCAUCUGCCCCCUCUAUGAUGUCAAACCAACGAAGUGAUGUGAUUUUUAUCAUGUGGUUGGUUUCUCUGCAAGGGCAUUUGUUUACUGUUACAAACUGUCUUUCUAUUUGUGUUGUGCAACUAAAUUAAUCGGAACUAGGAAUCUCAGAAAUGUCCGCUUUACUAACUAGUUAAACAUGGCUCGUGCAUAACUACAACCUGUUUGCAAGUGUGGCAUUUACGAGUUUUCUAGUAAUAUAUGAACGUUGCAUUAGUGUUGGUGCUUUCAAGACAACUGGGAACUCAGAAAAAAACGAGGCAUCAGUGAUCUUCAGGUCGGAAAGUCAGAGCUCGAGAAAGAUGCCAGAGUUUCUGACUUGGAAUUCCGAGUUGGAUGACCCUUCAAAACGUUUCCCCCCCUCCAAGUUCCCAGUUGUCUUGAACGCACUGAUGUCGGAGAUUUCGGAGUUCCAAGUUGUUUUGAACGUGGCAUAACAAUAAUUGAGAUUUUCUCUUGUCAGACCAAUAAAUAUAUGCUUCAGGAUUAA